UAUCAAAGUAAAUAUUGCAUAUAAGACUUCUGUAUUAAUAUUAGCAAAUAGGCAGUACGUUUCUUACGAAAAGUAUUUAAUAAGUGAUGUCAAGUUUCCAAAUAAUAAAUGCCAGUACAGAUGCGAAGAAGACGUCAUUCGCACUAACGUUUUCAGCUUCAUAUUUCUGAAAUUUAAUGAUUAAUGUCUAUUAUUAUUAUGUGGUUAGAUGAGAAACAUAGUAUAUUAUAUUAUUAUCAAAAUUUCAUCUCUUUGUCAUCUUUCACUUUUAAGAAAUCAAUACUUAAUCAUACUGCAAAGCAUCCUUAACAUACGCGCUUGAUGCGAUUUUGAAAAACAUUUUUCUCCACGCUCGUCAAUUAGAAUCUUGAGUUAUUUAUCACAAAUAUAAUACACUACGAGUACUACCUGGAAUCAUAAUUAGGAAUCUGAACUUAGAUAAUCUGUCCAAGAAAAAUCACUCGGGACUACCUGCUCCGAGAUCGUCUACUUUAUUCGACAGGUUCAAUGCAAAAAUCAUAGAGUCACCGAACUUGUUGCUGCAAUAUCUCUGAAAGGACAAAACCUUUUUCAACCAAAUUUUUACCAUAGAAACUACAGUACAUUUUUAAUUGGAAUUACUUCAUGUUAGAGACCUUGUCGGAAAAAAUUGAUUUUCUCACCAAAGACAAGCGACUCUUGAGAAUCGAGAACAGAUUUCGAAUGUGUCCAACAAUACUCUAUCUAUCUAUGAUAAAAUAGUUUAAUUUUGAAAGGGGCGGAUUUCCCAUGGAAAUCCGGCGGGGUCCUUUGUAAACAAGAAUAUCACGAUGAUGUGAUUGAACAACGGCGAAUCGAUGAAUUUCAUCGAUCAGAUGCUAUACAAGAGAUUGUUUCAUCUAUCGAUAUUUAUGAACAGUUGAAGCAACUGCAACACCAACAGCAGGAACUAGAUCAUCAUCAUCUACAAUAUGUUUAUCGAGGUCAACGAAUGUCAUCGGAUGAAUUACAUCGUGUGAAAUCGAAUAUAGGUGAACUUAUAUCGAUGAACAGUUUCCUAUCAACAAGUCUUAAUCGUGAACAAGCCCGCGGUUUUAUUGUGUGUGAUAGCGAAAUUGAUCACAAUUAUCAAACUGUUCUUUUCGAAAUAGAAAUUACUCAUUCACCUAUAACAAAGCCCUAUGCAAAUAUAACAGAGCACAGUUACUUCGAUUCUGAAGAAGAAGUCUUGUUCAUGAUCGGAUCGAUAUUUCGAAUUGUUGCUAUCGAUCACGAUGUUGAAUUGAAUAUUUGGAUCGUUCAAUUAGUUUUAUGUAAGGGGAAUGAGCUAGAAUUGAAACCUGUAUACAAUUCGAUGAGAAUGGAAAUUUUGAAUAAUAAACAUGCAUUGGGAAAACUGUUGUGGCAAAUGUGUGAAUUUGAUCUAGCUGAAAACUAUUAUCAAGAACAAUUACUCAAUGAUAAUGAGCCACUCUGUUAUCAUGGUCUUGGUUUAAUCAACCGAUCGAAAGGAUAUCUUGAUAUAGCGUUGGAUUAUCAUCAUCAAGCAUUAUCAAUUCAACUUCCUUCUGAUCGUGAAAGUCUCGCUUACACUUAUAAUUACAUUGGUGAAAUUCAUAUGCGUAAAAGAAACAACCAAUUAGCUUUAAAAUAUUUUCAAUUAGCAUUAGAUACGUCGACUAAUGAUCACCCAAAUAUCGCAUGCUGUUAUCAUAAUUUGGGUGUCGUAUAUCGACAGGAAAAACAAUACGAUUUAGCAUUAGAACAUUUUCAUCGAAGUAAUGAGAUAAAUCAGAAAUACUUACCGAUCGAUCAUCCACAUCAGGCUGCUACU